GAAUACUUCCACGCGUAGUGACUUUGUAGCACGGCAAUACGAACGAUGAAUCGCUGGAUUGGAAAAGUAGCACUUGUGAGCGGUUCGAGCGGAGGAAUCGGUCUCGCGAUAUCGAAAGCUCUGGCUACCCAUGGCAUUAAAAUAGUUGGUUUGGGAAGAAGAAUAGACAAACUUCAGGAUGCUACAGUAGAAAUUGGGAAGGAUAAAUUUUUUCCGAUCGAGUGCGAUGUAACGAACGAAGAAGAUAUUCUUAAGGUUUUCAAAUGGAUCGACGAAAAGUUUGGUCGCCUUGAUAUUCUAGUGAAUAAUGCUGGAGUUCUUAGUUCCACACCUAUCCUCGACUCAAAAACCGAAGAAUACCGUAGAGUCAUUGAUACCAACUUGAUAGCACCAGCAAUUUUUGCACGAGAAGCAGUAAAAUCUAUGAAAAAAUGCAACGCUUGCGGCCAUAUAAUUAAUAUCUCCAGCAUUGCCGGAUUACAUCUUGAAGGUAUAGCCGUACCGAUCGGCAUGUACGGUCCUAGUAAAUACGGUCUAAGAGCUCUAGGGAUAGAACUUCGUCACGAAAUAAUCGCGGCCAAGCUGAACGUCAAAAUCACGAACAUCAGCCCCGGAGCUGUGAUGACAGAUAUGAUAAAAGGUGUCCAAGAUGUCGUGAGCAAUAAUUUUAUAUUAAAAGUUGGAGACAUUGCCGAAGCAGUGAUCUACGCGUUAGGAACACCGGAAACGGUCGAGAUUCCGGAAAUCACUGUAAUACCACACGGCACGGGAUUUAUUUUCCCACAGCGGGAUUGACUCACUGUUAGUCAUUACUUAAAUCCGGUUCCCGGGCCCCUCUCAAUCGCAGCCGGGACUGCCAUUGUGGAGGUUUUAGUUGGUUGGAGUCCGGCACUACCACGCCGCUUUUCCCCAGAAGCGACCUAGUGUCCGUGCGGAUUUCCUCAACGUUAAUAAAAAAACAGUCAUUACUUAGAUGCUGUAAUAUACCGAUUUUAAUGAACUUCACGCCCGAUCACAUCAUUAUAUCAAUGUACAAUGGCGAAAAAAUCAGUGUGUUACUCCUAUCUUGCAAGUAUCAGAGUAGUUGAAGACAUAUGUUGUUAGAUAUGCGAUUAACGUUUUGUAUUUACAUUAUUACUACUAUUAGGUUAUUACCAUUUAUACAAAGGAAUGUAAGAACCGAUGACUUCAUCAGGACGAUUGUGAAUCUUAAUGCAAUAUGGUAAAAUCAAGAUGUAUGUAGGAAUGUUUUAUGGAGUAGAACUUUAGACCCUCUGUUCAAUGGAUUAUCCUAUUUAAUAAAGAAAUGGAUUAGAAAA